AUGAAGCGCAGACGAGGAGGCGCCAAGUCGACAUCACGCAGCCCCGAAAUGUCCAGGCCAGCCAGGCGGCAACCCACUGAGGCUUUGCACAUGACGACCCGCGCUGCUGGCAAGGCCGCCUCUACCGUAGGCACUGACUCACCCGCCCAAUCCGAAGCCAGCGGCAGCCGUCGCAGCUCGCUCAACGACCCGCAGCCUCAGGCCGACUACAACCAAGUCGCCACCCACCAAUCUGCAUCGUCAUCGUCGACCGACGACGCCGAUCAGCAGAGCCGCGAUGCAGACCGUGAUCACAUGGAUGCAGAUGUGCCGGGUGCUCCCGAGUCCGACACCUCGUCACAAGACCAUGACCAGGAAUCCCUGGACACUUCCAAAAGCGGUAAUAAGAGAAAACGCUCCUCGGCUGGCGGUGAAGAUCUCUCGCAUCAUCCUCCACACACCAACGGCGUCAACGGCACUUCCUCGCCCGAUGACGCCGACCCGCCCGUGCCCGCUACCAACCACCCGGAUCCCGAACCACCACGAAAGCGUGCCCGCGGUGGUUGGAGGGGGAGAGGUCGCGGUAGAGGGAGAGGUGGCCGCGGCGGACUGACUCUAUCUACUCAUGCAAGCUUUCACACCGAUGCGACAUCGACCCCGCCCUCUGCCGGCCUGCCCGACAGGGACCAUCUCUCAGACGACCAGCAGGCUGGCAGUGAACGUCCCAUCAAGCAACCCAAACGACUACCUGGCCGGCGCCGCGCCCCCAAUGCUGACCCGAGCAUCGAGGCCGACCUACGUCGCCAGCUGCAGUUGAAGACUGCAUAUCGUGCUGUCGUCAAGGUGCUGAAGCCUGUCCUCGCUGAGCUUGCUGAUCGUGCCAUCAAUGACGUCGAGGAGGAUCCAAACGCUCACGAGCAGAGCGAUCAGUACGAAAUUGUCAAGGCUGCUUUGGAUGCUCAGCUCGCCGAUCGCGUUGGCUAUCUGGAUCGGAAAUUCGCCAUUUCAAAAGAGCACGUUGAGCGCAGGAAAACGGCCGAGCAGCACAUCGUCGAGACAGCAUACGAAAACGUUUUCUUCAAUAUUCAAGAAGACUAUCUCUUACGUUGCCAGUACCAAAUUUUGAAUAUUCUGCGUGAGGCUGAAAAGCAAGCGCAGGACGGCGAAGCUACUGACGAUGAGGACGGUCUCGUGCCUCGUCGACGUGGCAUGCAGUACAAAUGGCGACCGACUGGCUUCCUCGACCCAAGUUCAGACUCUCGCAGUAGGUUUUACCUCGAGACAGAAAAGCUGUUGAAAGACUUCGAGCGUCGUGGUCUCUCAAAACAAGAAAGAGACAGCUUCUUGGAGAAAAAUCCGGACGAAUUUGAUAAAGACGUGGUCACGUCUCGAGAGAAUUUUGCCACGUUUGACGCAGAUCGUCGGGAGUAUGCCCGGGCUAUUUACAACGCAAACACCUUGGCCGAAGCCGCCGAGGCUGUCGAGAAGGGCAUCAAACCUGAGCCAGUUAUCAAGACAUUACCCAAUGAGGACGCCACCGGCCUUCAAUUGCUUAUCUCUGCAAUCGAAAAUCCACCCCCGCCGGCUCCUCUUCCUACCCGGGUUGAGGAGCGGAAAUACGAGGAGCGCAUUACGCCUCGUAGCACGCCUGCGGCUGAGAUUAGUACACCAAGGAUGGGAAGUGUUCCACCACCAAGAUCCACGUCAACACCGAAGUCCACCCGUGGUCGUAGAGGGCGUGGGCAAUCGGCAAGAUCGACGCCUAUCCGUGCGAAUGCUCGAUCCAGGACCUCGACUCCUGCCCCCGCCAUGGUCGAUGAUUUGCUCGAGCAUCCCGAACCCGGCUCAGCCAUGUCAGCUUCCAUGUCGACGGGCAUUGAGACCCGCGAUCCCAGUCCACGGAAACCGAUCAUUCAGCCAGCGCCCACUGCAUAUGCUCCCGAGGAACCCAGACACAGGGUUUCUGAGGGUCCAAUUAUGAAUGGCGCAGAAAGAGAGCCGAUAGCUGAGCCACGCCUGCCAAGACAGCCAAGCGUAUCCUCAAAUAGGAUCACGGAUCUUCUGAACAAGGGUGACGAGCCGCCCCCACAGAUCUCUCCGUUCAUCUCAUCCAGUCCUGCUGCGUUGCCACCCGUAAUUCUGCAGCCACUGCCGCAACCCUCGUCGGCUCCACUGUCCGAACUGCCUCGUUUUGCUGCACACUCUGGUCAGCAUUCUGAAUCUUCACAACCUGGUCUGACUGCUCAGUUUUCGCAGCCUGUUGAUCGUAGCGAACGUGCACAGGAGUCGUACAUCUCCACGCUUUCUGAGCCGGAGAGGACAAUUGAUUCUGUCGGGAUUGCGCAGCAGCGGCCAACCACUGCGCCGACGGAGGCGACGAGGCAGGAUGCACCGCCCUCCCGGAAGACGUUUUGGGAUACUAUCACAAUCGACAACAAGUCAAGGCCCACCAGUCCGUUGAACGCUGACAAGACGCCUUUGGCAAGGAUACGACAGAUUUUAAACCCUUCGAAUUAUCCGCGCAGAGCAGAUAGCCCCUCUGGGACUACUCCGCCUGCCACUGCUAAUGACCGGCUCUCUGAGCGGCCUGAAAUGGCGCCUCCGGCAUCGAGAGCUUCGUGUGGUUUCUCAGCCGCCUGGUACGCAGCCUUCAUUGGCAUCACCGGUGGAGGCGCCGAAGCGGUCCAACAGCCGUGA